UGGCGCUGCACGUCAGAGGAAAGAUGGCGGUAACUGGUUGGCUGGAGAGUCUGCUGGCGGCCGAGAAGACUGCGCUGCUGCAGGACGGGAGAAGGAAGGUACACUAUUUAUUCCUAGACGGGAAGGAAAUGGCUGAAGAAUACGACGAGAAGACGGGUGAACUACUUGUGAGAAAGUGGCGUGUGAAAAGUGCCCUGGGAGCCUUGGGCCAGUGGCAGCUUGAAGUAGGAGAACCAGUGCUCCCAGGAGCAGGGAACCUGGGGCCUGAGCUCAUCAAGGAAAGCAAUGCCAAUCCCAUCUUCAUGCGCAAGGAUACGAAGACAAGUUUCCAAUGGCGAAUUCGAAACCUCCCUUACCCAAAGGAUGUAUAUAGUGUCUGUGUGGCCCAGAAGGAACGCUGCAUCAUUGUCAGAACAACCAACAAAAAGUACUACAAGAAAUUCUCCAUUCCUGACCUAGACAGAUACCAACUACCUCUGGAGGAUUCCUCGCUGAGCUUCACUUAUGCCAACUGCACCCUGAUUAUCUCUGUAAGAUUUGCCCAGACUUCUUGGCCUCUGCACUGGAAAGAGAUUUCUCUUUCCCUGCCUAUUUCCCAUCUUCUAGGAGUCCCCAGCCCCUGGUGUGCUUGCUGGAGAACAGCCUCCCAAUCAACUAGGGGAGAGUAGGGUAGGGGUCAGGGAGGGGCCAAUCACACAAUUCACAGCUAGAAGAGGCAGAGGAUUGGGGGAGUAGUAGAAAUCAUAGGACUUGGGUUCUGGUCUGGGGUCUGAUCCUACACAGUUAACAUCACCUGAGCAAAUCAUUCAACUCUGUAUGUCUCCAUGUGUAAUUAAAGGGAUCAGAAGGAGCCUGCAUGCGA